UUCAAACUGAGGGCGUGUAAUGCUAUCUUCACGGCAUUGGAGCAGAGUCAGGAGGCCAUAGAGAUCACCAAUGAGGAUCAAGUCAUUCAGUAUGUGAACCCUGCCUACGAGAGCAUCAUGGGUUACCAGCAGGGUGAACUAAUAGGGAAGGGAAUAACAGAAGUGCCUAAAAGUGAAAAGAAUAAACCUGAUCUCCUUGAAACCAUGAACUCCUGCAUACGGAAAGGCAAGGAGUGGCAGGGGAUUUAUUAUGCCAAAAAGAAGAACGGGGACAGUGUCCAACAAAAUGUGAAGAUCACACCUGUGAUCGGACAGGGAGGUAAAAUCAGACACUACGUGUCUAUCCACAGGCCUUUACAUGAUCAGAAUAAGACAUCCAGUGAACGGGUGCAGGCAGAGUCUCAGACAGACAUCCAGUCCAGUAAGCAUAAGGACCGGAGGAAAGGCUCGUUGGACGUCAGAUCGACUACGCCUCGAGGGAGCGAUGGCAGUUCCCAGAGAAGACACUCCUCCAUGGCCAGAAUCCACUCCAUGACCAUCGAAGCUCCAAUCACCAAGGUGAUCAACAUCAUCAACGCAGCCCAGGAGUCUAGUCCAAUGCCCGUAGCAGAGGCCCUGGACCGGGUCCUGGAGAUCCUGAGGACCACAGAGCUCUACUCUCCUCAGCUGGGCACUAAGGAGGAAGACCCUCAUACUAACGACCUGGUGGGAGGACUGAUGACGGAAAUCACGCACAGAACGAGCAGUAUGGCUCGUGGCAUUGUCAUGCUGGAGGGUCAUGGCAGGAUGAGGCUGCAGGAAGUGUACCACAUGAGGGAGAAGGAUGUCUUCCCUGUAACGCACAACGUUGAGAUUGCCUGCAAUGACAACAAGUUCAGUCCGAUGAUGCUGUGA